GUUGUUUAGGAAAGAAAUGGGAAGACCAAUGACAAGCUACUGACAAAAAUAUAUACUUUUUUUUGUCCGUUUAUUAAUCGAAGAAAUCAUGCUUUAAGACCCUUCAAACCUUUACAUUUUAUUUUAUAGACUUCUAGACAAAUCUACUUUAUAUAUAAUAUAUACAUUUUAUUCUACCGUUACAACAUGGCAGUCCUCAUUGCUGGAAAGUUUCAGAAUUAAAACAAAUUAAAUCAAAUUUAUUUUGCUAUAUUGAGUGGGUUAUAAUUGUCAAAUGUUUCUUUUUUUUUAAUUACAAAAAAAAAAAAAAAAAAAAAAAAAAGAAAAUGCUGGCUUCCAAAAAAUGAAAACAUUUUUAUGUUCGUUAACAUCACUAAUGUGGAGCGGUUUGGACUCCUGGAUAUUUUAAAUCUUACAACAAAAGAAAAUGUACAUUUAAUAAAUGUAUAAGGACACCGUUUACAAACAAGAAAACAAAUACAAUUAGACAUUUUGUCUGUUCAUGUUGCAGCGAAUAUGGAACUGAGAAACUUGCAUUGAAAUAGUUCAUAUUUUCAUAUGUGCUAUUUCUAGAAGUAGAUUUCUAUUUUCAUAAAAUAUUUCGUAUUCAACUAGUUUAACUUUGCGGCCUGCGUCAUGGCAGGAUCUCCGGGUUCAGGUGGCACCAACCCCCGGAAAUUCAGCGAAAAGAUUGCGCUGCACAACCAGAAACAGGCUGAGGAGACUCGGGCCUUCGAGCAGCUUAUGACAGAUAUCACUCUCUCCAGGGUGCAGUUCCAGAAGGUUCAGCAGCUGCAGCUAACACAGACCCGGGCGCAGUACUAUGGCGGCUCUCUGCCAAAUGUCAAUCAGAUCGGCAACACUAGUGCAGACUUUCAGGGCUCGUUUACACCGGGACUGGACAGCAUGCGCGGCACUCGGCACCACGGGCUGGUAGAGCGUGUCAAUCGGGAUCGCAGCCGACUCAACUCUCCACACAGGCGACUCGCAGACAAGCUCGGCCGCCAGGUCGAGAGCUCUCCGUAUGGAUCUGUGUAUCUGUCUCCACCCCCGGAUAACAGCUGGAGAAGGGAGCAGCCACCCUGGAGCGAAGAGAAACGGCCUGGAUUUAGAUUAUUAUCCCAGCUCAACAGGACAAAUUCCGACUCAGCUCUGCACACGAGCGCCUUGAACCCCAAUCCCCAGGACCCCUUUGUGGGUAUGAACCAGCAGAUGUCGAGAGCGCCCCCUCAGCGCAAUGUCAGCAUUAAUGAAGCUGAGAUCGAUGGGAUGGGAGAUGUGUUCUCGUUCCCCGUCUUGCCAAACGAGGAGAGCCUGAUGGGUGUCAGCAAGCCCCUCCCCAAACAGCUGUGGGAGGCCAAGAAGGUGCAGUCUCUGUCCUCACGCCCCAAAUCAUGUGAAGUACCUGGAAUCAAUAUUUUCCCAUCCCCGGAACAGAAUGCUGGGCUCUCCCAUUUCCAGGGGACGUUGAAUACAGGCGGAUCGCUGCCAGACCUGACCAACCUGCACUUCCCCUCUCCCCUGCCCACACCCCUGGACCCUGAAGAUGGAGGGUACCCCAGCCUGAGUGGGGGGAGCAGCACCGGCAACCUGCCCGCGGCCAUGAUGCACCUGGGCAUCGGAAACUCGCAAGGUCUCUCCUCCUCCCUGAGUAACCCGUCCAUCCAAGCUACCCUCAACAACUCUCAGCUGCACUCAUCGCUCAGCAACCCCUCCAUCCACUCGUCUCUGCGACUGUCCUCUCUGUCCAACCCACAGCAGGGGACCCUCAGCAACACGCCGCGCCGGCGCCACACCCCUGUCAGCCCCCUGACCCUGUCCCCCGGGGCCGAGCAGCGCAGGGGCCUCGGCAAGCAGCUCUCCCCUACUAUGUCCCCGUCACUGUCCCCCAUCACACAGGGUGCUUCCUUGGACACCAGCAGUCUGCCAAUGGAGCCACCCCCUCCCUACCACCUGUACCAGCAGUCUUUGCAACAGCAGCAGCAGCAGCAGCAACAGCAGUCCCACCAGCCAGUACAGCAGAGCUCCCAGCAUUCCUCAGGGCAACAGCGUCAACAGCAGCAGCAGCAGCCAGUGUCUCCCCUCCACAACCUUCAUAUGGAUCUGAACUCUGCCAAUCACAACUCAUUGGGGGCCACCUUCUAUGAUCCCUUCAUGGACACCCAACUCUCGGGCAGACAGUCCAAGUCCCUGUCUUACCAGCAGCUCGACCAGUUCAACAUGUUGGAGAACUCCAUGAGUUCACUGCCGGGGGGAAGCUGCUUUGACCCGGGUUCCAACCUCUGCUACUCCCAGGCGUCGCUGAUGGGGUUGGGUGGGAGCCACGGGAACCUGCAGGAGUCACUGCAGUUACGGCAGAACAUGUUCUUCUCAAACUGCGGGGGAGGCAUCCCCAACAUCAUUCUAACAGACGAGUCGAACCCGAGCCUGUCCAAGGACAUCAGCAGCGCGCUGGCAGGGGUGCCGGAGUGCUUUGACUCGGAGGGGGGGUUCCUGGGCGACGAGCUCCGAAUCGAGCCUCUUAGCCUGGACGGACUAAACAUGCUGAGUGACCCCGACAUGGUCCUGUCUGACCCCUCUGUGGAGGACAGCUUCCGCAGUGACAGACUCUAGGGAGAUGGAGUAGGGGAAGAUGAUGCUUUGUAAUAUGGAUACCACCCCCCACACACAUGCAUCACACACAGGGAAUGGGGGCUUCGGAUCAUGAACCGCCACAGCAGACCUGACUACCGUCCAGACACUUUUUUUUUUUUUUUUUUUUUUUAAGUUUUUAUUAUUUUCCUAUCCCAAUAUCUGCAGAGACAGUGUGAUAUCGAUAGCCUGUGUCCAUUCUAAAACACAGACAACCUGCAAUGUGGAAGGGUUAGCCAUCUUCUAUGUCGACAGCAAAGUUUGUGUGGCCCCUGGUCCUGUUCUGGAACACCAGAGCACAGUUUACAGAUGUUAGCCUUUUAAAAUCUUUAAAAUACCCUGCAUCUUACCAUCACUAUAGUAUCCAUGUACCCCGGAAACCUGUCUGUCAUGUGCAGGAUUAAAACCUGACCAAACCCUUCCCAGGCAUGCCUGUGCCCGACGUGUACAGUUACAGUAAAUUAAAAACAUAUAUAUAAUGGAGUUUCUCCUCGAUCAAACUCCACGAUAACCUGAAAAUCUGGCUGAAUUAAACAAGAAUUAAAUCCAGUGUUUUUAUUUGAAAAAUGUAUUUAGCCUUUUUUUUUUUUUUUUUUUGCACAGUCAUUUGAUGCAGAUAUAUAUAUUUUUUAAUGCAUUAAAAGCAAAAGGGCAAUUGGUUUACACAGAAGAAAUAAAGGAAAAAGAAUGAGGAUCUUAAGAGCUUGGAGAAUCACGUUCUUUUUAAACUAGUUUCUUUCACUAUAGAUGCUAAAUGCUCUGUUCUUGUAAUCUGACACCACCAGCACUGUCAGAGUAACACACCUGUAUUGUGAAAACUGUAUUUUUAUAUAUGUAGAGUUUAACUGAGGAGAUCUGUGGUGGAGUAACCCUGAAAGCGCAUCUAAGCAAGUAUUUUUGGCAAAUGGACAUUUCCAACCCAAUGUGCUAUGGCUUGUAGCAGCACCAAACACUGCAGAGAUUGAACAGCUAAUCAAGAUUGGGUGAGACAUUUGCAACGCAUUCCUUUUGAAGACAGUGCAGCUCUGUGAAAUCUCACAGUUACAACAUGCAGCCACCAGGAGGAGUAAAAAGGGAAGGACAUUGCUUUGAAUAAGUUAUUAUGGCCAAAAUGACCCCCCCCCCCCCCCCCCCGCCUUUAAUUGUUAUUUUUAUAUACCUUUUAUUUUAAGUGGGAAUUUUUAUCUCUUGUUGGUGCAUAUUGUAAUUGUGUUAUUAAAAAAAAAAAAAAAAUCUCUUUCUUUUAAGGGAAUGAGUUUUCCAUGUGAAUUUUUAUUUUUAAAUUUAAAUACAAAAUAUUUUGGUAAGUUAAGGCAGAGAUGUUUUUAAGCGAGGUUCCAGUUUCUGUGUGUUGACUAACUGUAUUGUUGGGGGAGAAAGACUAAUACCUGUGGAACAAGAAUCCAAUGUAUACCUGAAGAAGUGAAUCUGAGACUGAAAACAUUAACAGCUCAUCUGCACAGUGAUAAAGGGAGCAGUGACUAUCAUGAUUGUUUUAUUUUUUAAUGAAAAGCAAUGCAGUCACUAAUCUUGAGUUGGUUUCCAGUAAACUAGUCUAGUUGGAGGAGAGGGGCGGGAGUAGAAUUGUUUCUGGGGGAGAUUUAAAACAGAAUCUCUGUAUCUUUUCUCUGUAAUGUUGCAAAAGUCUUUUUGUUUAUUGUUGUAGUCUUUAAUGAAUAGGUUUGUAUAUUUUGAAUCCCAGUGUGGUUUACUAGCAGUAGAACUGGUCCUAGCUCAGAAUCCCACCAGUUGGUGCUGUGGAGUAGUAAACAAGAAGUCUCAAGGCAAAGAAAACCCAAGUGGGCUAAGCUGAGCUGUAAGCUGCUGAAUCUACGUUUGUUUUUAGGAACAAACCCAUUUACAGCAGAUUGCUGCCCCCAAUAGAAGGCCUGGACCUAGCUAAAGGGCGUUUGACAAACGUGUUGUUUAACAAUUCAGAAGAAAGAGCUAAGAAUGUGAAAGUGAAUCUUUAGAAAUUCUACAUAGAGUACACAAUACAUACAUAAUACAGUAUGUGUAAGUUCUGUAAUGUACUGUUGUGAUUGUAUUAAUUCAAUAAAUUGUCUGUCACAUACUUCACUGGUGGUACUAUAUUAGGUUAAAGAAGGUUAUUUAAGUAGUUACUUCUGAGUUCAUUUCACCUCAGCAGUGCCUUUGGGGUUACACUAGCUGUAUGUAAAGCAGGCCAGUGAUUGGGAGAAGCAGCUGGUUGGUUAAAGACAGAUUGUGAAUUGACGUGCAAGAUGGGUCAAAGUUCUGGAAUUACCUCAAAUAUCACCACUUUACAAAGUCUUUACAAAGUUAGAAAGUGGUAUUAAAACUGUGUCAAUAUCAUUACUGAUUCACUUUCAUUUUUCUAGUUACCUCUUUUUCUGGCCAACCCCCUAGUUUUGUUUUUGGCACAAAUCGGUUCGAUUUUACUAGUCGUCUGCAAAACAAGAGUUUACUUUUCAGGAGGAUAUUUUUGCAGCUCUAAAAUAAAAAUAAAAGCUUGGGCUCAAAGUUUGUUUAAGGUCUACUUACAAACCUCACCCUCUUGUCUACUUACAAACCUCACCCUCUUGUCUACUUACAAACCUCCUUACCAAGCGCCUAGAAUUCAGAGGAGGGCAGUGCAACUGCUAAACAUUUACUCCUUCUAUAUUUGUGACUGUUUAUAACCUGUUUUUUGUAACCAGUAAAUUGAAGUUAUUGUAACACCCCCCCCCCCCUUCUACUGUUGGUCUGGUCUUGACUGUGGGGUGGAGAUUGCUAACACCCCUCCUGUUAGGAGUGGUUUGGUCCUCUCAACUGUUGCCUUACUCUAACAACUUUCUCGCACCUCACAAUCAAAGAUUGUAACAACCCAAAUUAUUUUCUACUUAAUUAUGUCUUUUUAUUAUUAUUAGAAAUACUAAUGUUAUCAAUUUUAUCGUAGAAGGAAUUCAUCUCCUUUUUUUUGUGUCUUGUUACUGCGGUUUUUGUUUAAACAAUGUACAGUUCUAUUUAAAGAGAGGUGUUUCUUGUCCACUAGGGUUAACAUUUAUUUUUUAUUGUAAUAUGGCAUUUUUAAAUCUUUUGGAUAUUAAAAUUUUACUACACAGGAAUGUUUUUGAUCUGUGUGCUAUGCGCAUUUGUUUUUUAGAGCCGGUAUUGUAGAUGAGAAC